AUGCAAAGCGUACUUGAGCCGGUGCAAACGCUAAGAUGUCAUGAUCCUCUGGAUGCCGGCGCCAUUGGCGUGUCCGGCCUACGCUCCCUGACGAGGUCAAGACUGAACAAAUCACUGUCCAAACGUAAGAGCUCGGAUUUCCUACUCGAGGCGCCCCAUCGGCAUCGUCUCAAGGGCACGCGGAAGCCCACCGCCGCUCCGCGAGAGUAUCCUCUACCAGAGAGCCUCGUGCAGUUCACGAUACUGGACCACAGCAACAAGACGGCUUUUGAGUUCUCGCUGGAUGCACAAUGGGUCUGCAGGGGAAUUAAACGCUGUCGUCUCGGAUCCGACGUCGAGGGUCCCAAUACAGCGAAUGUCGGCCGCAAGAAGCGCCGCCUUCGGACUCACCUCAUUACUAGCAGGCUCUCGCAGCCAUUCUCCCAACCUGCCACGCACAUCUUGAACAGAGAGGGCAGGCAGGUUGGUGACCGGCGUUUUGUAAAGAUGGCCGUGAUGCUUGAUUCUAGUCGGCGGGCUGCAUAUCUGCGGGCCACGGCCUAUCUGAGAUACUCCAUCAUGAACCGGAUGCGGAAGAGGCUCGGUGUUGUGAGAUAUCAGGGCUCGACAAAGGAGAGCGAAGACAGCACGGUGAGGCCGAGCACAGAUACAUUCACAAAGGCACCAUGGCAAUCACAAGAAGUAAAGUCAACACCCGAAGCGAGGCCCAGUGUCCUUGAGCCAAGCAAAGGAACAACUCCAGCAUCACGGGAACUCAGAGUUGAAACCGGCAUUCAGUCUGCAGAAACGCUGGGUAAAGCGCCGGCGGCUUGUCGUUUAUCAAAGCCCAUAGCUCUGCCACUUCCCUCUGCAGACGUCGAUGCCACCAAUGAUCGCACCUCGGCUCGCAUCGACUCAACGACAUCACCGGAGCCGAGACCGCCUCUUGCGUGGAUGUACGACGAUGCUGAGGAAGACAGCUUUGCCUUCCUCCACCCAGAGGACCUGGACGACGAUGACUCCGACGUCUACUGUGACUUCGACGCCAUCUUUGCGGCCAAGGCGACUUCGCCUAGCCCCCAAUCGCCCUCGGAGGAGCACACAUAUGAAGAGUACAUAGACGAGCUGGACGGCAUUUCUUGGAGGAUAGGUUGA